UUUUAUUUCACCCCUAAUGUUUCGAUCAUUUCUCAGAAUCUGCCAGACUAGACAGUGCAUCCUGCUCCUCAUCUUUCACACCAACACUUCACCGAACCGGAUUAGGCGCACUCUGGGAACUGCUGUUGCCUGGGCGCCAGCCACAAUGCAUUGUUCAAUCUUGUGAGCGAGAAAUAAAAAAGCAAAGUUAGGGAAAGAAGAGAGAAUCACUUGGGCCUCAACGGGAAUACAAUAAUCGGCGACAGGUUGGCUUGCGAGAAGAAAAACGAUGCGGGUCCUAGGCCAGUUGUCUUGUCUACUCUUGGCGGGCGGUGGUUGGAUAGGAGCAGCGGCCCAUGACAUCACCGGCUCCGCGCAGCAACAGCAGCACGUCCUCCACGACGGAGGAGCCAGCAGAGGCCCCGUCGACGGGGCGUCGGGCGGCGGCGGCGGCGGCAUACCAGAGUCGCUCUUCUCGGACCUAGAGCGCCUCGCGCGGCUGGUGGACAUCGCCUACUGCGUCGGCACCACGGGCAUCUCGCCGCCCUUCUCGUGCGCCUCGCGGUGCGGCGAGUUCCCGGGCAUGCAGCUCGUCACCGCCUGGAACACGGGCGCCCUCCUAACGGACAGCUGCGGCUACGUCGCCGUCGACCGCACGGCCGAAGACGGCCACGGGCAGCAGCAGGCCGCCCCGGGCGCCAUCGUCGUCGCGUUCCGCGGGACCUACAGCAUCACAAACACCGUCAUCGACCUUAGCACCGUGCCGCAGGAGUACGUGCCCUACCCGGAGAGCCCCGGUGACGGCGAUGGUGACGGCGACGGCGAUGGCGACGGCGACGGCGAGGAGGAGGAGGACGCGGCCUCGCCCCGCCGCGAGAAGUGCAGCAACUGCACCGUGCACAUGGGCUUCCUCGCGUCGUGGCGCAUGGCGCGCGGGCUCGUGCUGCCUGCGGUGCGCAAGGCCAAGCGCUUGCACCCAAACUACCCCGUCCGCCUGGUCGGCCACAGCCUCGGCGGGGCCGUGGCGGCGCUCGCGGCGCUGGAGCUGCGGCUGGUCGAAGGGUGGGACGACGUGGACGUGACGACAUUCGGCGAGCCGCGCGUGGGCAACAAGGGCCUAGCCGACUUCAUCGACAAGGUGUUUGGCCUGGGAGGAGGGGGCGGCCACGAACGGUACCGCCGCGUCACGCACGCCGGCGACCCCGUCCCGCUGCUGCCCCUCUCCGAGUGGGGCUACCGCGCGCACGCCGGCGAGAUCUACAUCGGCAAGCCAGCCCUGCCGCCCUACCCCGAGGACGUGCGCCUGUGCCGCGGCGCCCACGACCCGGCCUGCAGCGACCCCGCCGAGAGUUCCCGGUCCCCCUCGGGGGUCCUCGAGCGACUGGCCAGGGCCAUCCGCGGCGAGGGGGAGGCCCGGGUGCCCACGCGCCUCAAGCUCUGGGAGCUGUUCUUCUCCCACCGGGACUACUUCUGGAGGCUGGGCCUCUGCGUUCCUGGAGGGGAUCCUGCAGACUGGGGCCGUGAUAGAUAUCGCUUCGAGCCUCCGUCUCGACAGGACGAGCUGUGAGGCGGCGGUGAUGUCCCAAAAAGGAGAGACCGUGAAGAAAUAGCACCUAAUAAGUACUUAAUACCUUGUCUACGUGGUCAAGCAUCGAACGAAGAUAUCUUUUGCUUUCCUUCUUUGCCGCUUAUCGUA